AUGGGGAGCUCUGGUUCUUUGAGGAAACUCUCUGUCACUGGCCUUCAAAAUGAUUCUAUCUUCUCCUUCAUUGCACAACAUGCUGGUUCACUUAAAACCUUGAAGGUGCCAAGAAGUGGUCUGAGCAAUUCAGGUGUUGUAAACGUUGCUGAAAAGCUUUCAUCUUUAACUUUCUUGGACUUGAGCUACUGCUGCAAAGUAGGACCAGAGGCGAUACAAGCUAUAGGAAAACACUGUAAAUCCCUGAUAGAGUUUUGCAGAAACAUGCAUCCCUUGGACGUGGCAAGCGUUGUCUCUCACGACGACGAAGCUUAUGCGAUAGCAACCACAAUGCCAAAGCUGAAGCGGUUAGAAAUUGCGUACCACCGAGUCAGCACUGAUGGAGUACUCAAGAUCUUGUCCUCCUGCGUUUUCCUCGAGUUCUUGGAGCUUAGAGGCUGUUGGGACGUGCAGCUAGAUAACAAGUUCUUCAAGGAGAAGUUUCCGGAUAUGAAAGUGUUGGGUCCACGCGUUAUCGGGUUCUACGAUAUGAUAAACGAUUGGGAGGAUUGCUGCUCGGAUUAUUUCUCAGAUGGGUCUGAUUACUUGGCUUGGGAGUUUCUUGAGGAUGGUGAAAUGGGAGAGUUCUAUGAAGAUGAGUUUGAGCAUGGUUGGGAUGAUAACUUUUAUGCGGACAGGGUGAAUAUAGACUUGGAACCACAUAUUUGGCCGCCAUCCCCGUGAACCAGGUCUUGUUGAUGUUCGACCUCUCUACCUAAAAGUUGCUUCUUUAGGGAAUGGUUGUAGCCUCUUAUGUGUCUUGAUCUAUAUGAUCAUGUAUGGUGCUUUGAACUUGUGUGGCUUCUUUAUUUUUAUUUCCAAUCAAAACCGGCCCGGUUCAUGGCUUUAAUGUUGUCUCUCUUUACUUAGUGAUGUCUAGAUUCAUAUAUUAUAUUAUAUAGAUAUAUGUAUGAGUGUGUAUGUAUAGAAUUGGAGAUGUCAAGUUGAUGUAUAAGAGCAACUCCAGUGCACACACCGAGGGAUCUAAGUAAUGUUCUAAAGAAUAUAAUUGAAUAAAAAAGUUAGAAGUAGUGUCUUAAUGUUUA